AGGCUCCUCCGUCUGCAUUGCAGUACUCAGCGCUCUCCAGUGCACCUCAGCCACAACAGAGAAACAAGCCGGAAAACAUCGGAGUCAUGCUGCUCCUAACUCUGCUCUUCGUGUCCGCAGCUGUAGCGACCCCUCUGCUGGGCACCGAGCAGUGUGCUCGAGGCCCCCCCUACUGGUGCCAGAAUGUAAAGACUGCGUCUCUGUGCGGAGCCGUGGCUCACUGCCAGCAGAAUGUCUGGAACAAGCCCCAGAUGAAAUCAGUGCCAUGUGACUUGUGUAAAGAGGUGUUGAUGGUGGUGGAGCAGAUACUGAAGGACAAUGCCACUGAGACUGAGGUUCUUGGGUACCUGGAGAAGGCCUGCCAGCUCCUCCCUGAUAAAAGUUUGUCUGCAGAGUGCAAGGAGAUGGUGGAUGACUACUACCCCAUCCUCAUGGGAAUCCUAAAAGGAGAACUGGAGGAUCCCAGUGUGGUGUGUGCAGCCAUCGGGAUGUGUCAGUCUGAGCAGUUAGCCCUGGCUAAGGUUCAUGCCCAGGAGCAGCUCGUGUCCAAUGAAAUCCCUCAGAUGGAUCUCGCCCAGAAAGUGUCCCCCUUCCUCCUCAAUGUGCCCCAGCUCCUCUAUCCUCAGGAGAGUCCAAAGCAGGAAAGUAAUGAAGUGUGCCAAGACUGCGUCAAGUUCCUGACUGAUGCUCAAACUGAAGCAAAGGCCAACACCACAUUUGUCGACUCUCUCAUUGAGAAUAUCGAGAACCAGUGUGACCUGCUUGGGGAAAGCUUGGCUGUCAUGUGCAAGCAGUAUGUCGACCAGUAUGGUACCCUCGUUAUUCAGCAGCUCAUGUCCAUGCAACCCAAGGACAUCUGUGUCCACGCUGGCUUCUGUACAGCUACAAAGAAGUCCGUUCCAAUGCUGAAGCUGAUGGCUGCCAUGACUGUACCUGCCGCCAAGGGCGUGCCUGCUCUCAAGCUUUUCCCUGCCACUAAGGUUGAGUCUGCCACUGACAAGUCUGCUAAGACCAUGGUGUCAGUCCGCGAGUCCCCUAAGUGUGCCAUCUGUGAGUUUGUGAUGAAACAGUUGGAGUCUCUUUUGGAGGAUCAGAAAACAGAGGAGGAGGUGGUUAAAGCCGUAGAGAAGGUGUGCAAUUAUCUGCCCUCUUCUCUGAGUGCCCAGUGUAAGGACCUGGUUGAGACCUACGGCCAGGCCAUCAUUGAGCUUCUGGUGCAGCAGGCUGACCCAGCGACCAUCUGCACAGUGAUGGCACUCUGCAAUGAUGGCAGCCGUGCAUAUGUCCCUGCACUCGACCAGGAUCUCUUUAAGACUGGUGGCUACUGCGAGGUUUGCGAGAUGGCCGUUCGUUACAUUGACGGCAUUCUGGAGAAGAAUGCAACAGAGGCAGAGAUUGAGGAGGCUGUGAGGAAAGUAUGCAGCUUCCUGCCCGACUCCUUCCAGACCGAGUGUGACCAGAUGAUUCAACAGUAUGAGCCAAUGCUUAUCCAGCUGCUUCUCCAGAUGCUCGACCCGGAAUUUGUGUGCAUGAAAUUGAGAGCCUGUCCUGAAGCUGUGCAAAAGCUGCUGGGAACAGACCAGUGCAGCUGGGGACCUGCAUUCUGGUGCAAGAACAGGGAUACAGCAUCUCGAUGCAGUGCCGUGGCUCACUGCGAACGCUAUGUGUGGGUAUAGAGGAAGCACAAACUGACCUGUAGGGAAUUGAAAGAAACAUUACUGUAGCGCUGCUUCCCACUUUUAAAUUUUUGUUUUUAAUGACUGCAGUUUGUUUAAAUUAACUUUGAUAUUUUGAAUGCUGUCAUGGUGGAAAGGGACUGGACUCUUAUUGUUUUUUUUUUAUUUUUAUUUUUCUCUGGGGGGUGGGGCUUGGGGGGAAUGAGGAUGUCUGCAGCUUUGCCUGGUACUGCUUCACUGAGCAAAAGUCCCAAAGCUUCACUGUCAGGCUUUGCAGAUUUGCAUUAUUAAUUGUUGCUUGCUGGAUGUGGUUUAUGUAAGAACACAGAUUGUACCAUUUUAACACCACAGCAGAGUGCUGCUGCUCUGAUUGGUCUUAAGACCUUUUCCCCCAUCUGUAAUUGAUUCCUUCUCCCUAGAGUAAUUGAACACAAAUGGGAGAAACCACUCAGUGUUAAGAAUGACCGGCAGUACUUUUAGCAGGAUGUCUGAUCCCUAAACAAAUUCAUAUUUUGUAGAGAGAAAAUGCGUGUUCCUUCUUUUUUUUUUUUUUUUUUUUUUUUUUUUUAAUUAGCGGAUAUGGAGAUAAUCGAUCUGAGAGUGUACCUCCCACUCGCCUCCCAUUGUUUGCACUCUUCCUACUGUUUGUAAAUCACUGUUUCUAACGUACAGAGAGCACCUCUAAUUCGAUUGUCUGCCUCAAACAAUGAGCCAACUGUCAGGUGAUCUGUACAUUUAUAACAAUUAAAGUGAUCCCAAUCCA